CAGAUAUAGUGAAUGCAGGGUCCGGGGAGACCAGAUAUAGUGAAUGCAGGGUCCGGGGGGACCAGAUAUAGUGAAUGCAGGGUCCGGGGAGACCAGAUAUAGUGAAUGCAGGGGUCCUGGGAGACCAGAUAUAGUGAAUGCAGGGUCUGGGGAGACCAGAUAUAGUGAAUGCAGGGUCUGGGGAGACCAGAUAUAGUGAAUGCAGGGUCUGGGGAGACCAGAUAUAGUGAAUGCAGGGUCUGUGGAGACCAGAUAUAGUGAAUGCAGGGUCUGGGGAGACCAGAUAUAGUGAAUGCAGGGUCC